AUGAAAGGGAAAUUCCCUGUUGCUGCUGCUUCUCUUCCCCCGCCUCCUCCUUCUCCUCCUUUUCCAGACGUCAAGAUACCUAUUGAUGACAAUCCGGAUUGGGAGUUGGUUUGGGACGAAGAAGCCAAAGUCUUUUACUUCUACAACCGCUCCAACAACGCAAGACAAAUAAUUGUGCGUCAAACAUCUUUUCCAAGACAGCCUUCGAAGCAAGCUCAUGACGGUUCCUCUACGGGUGAUGUCCCCAAUUUGCCUAGUCAGAUCCAGAAGGAGGAUGCACUUGAAGCGGUGUUGAAGGCUGGAUAUACGCAUUUGAUCCCACAAAUACUGCACAAGUAUGGUGGUAUGGACCUCAACGUUAAGCUUUAUGGCUUUCAGAGGGUACUAACUCUGCUUGAAUUCGCUGUCGAACAGCAAGACGCAAACCUGCUACAACUGUUCGGCCAUCAGGAACAUGUCGCCAUCCUGGCCAAGAUGGCCGACAGGGUUGAUCUCACCAGAGCCUUAGGAAGGGCCGUAGAUCGAAAAGAUAUAGCUGUCAUCGAUAUCUUGUUAGCCAGCGGUGCCAAGUGCAAUUUUGAGGACUCCGACCGACCUCCUCCUCCUUCUAGAGGCUACUAUUUGCCCAGGAUCCCGGACAAUGAGGAUUAUAUGCCUCCUCUUGUCCGAGCCGUCAGACUGGGCAACAUGGAGCUGGUGCGAUUACUGCUCGCACACGGCGCAGAUGUCAAUGUGGGAUACCAUGGUCUUCAUGGAGAGCGCCAAUCUCUCUUUAUAGAUGUGACGUGCGGAAGGGUGAUAGAGGCGGCCAUGGAGCUGGGACACCGGGAUAUGGUUGAGCUGUUUCUAGAGAUGGGGGCGGAUAUUCAUCUGCCGCAGCCGACCUGGCAGUUUCACGACUGUUGGAUGAUAGCGAGGCCGGUUUACCUAAGAGUUAGGACGCAAUUGAGGGAGGUUGAAGCGGCGUGGCAAUCGACAAGAGAUUCGGCUGAAUGGGUGGUUGUGUAG